CCUAAUUGAAGGCAUCGGAGACGAUGUGACCGUCACUGUCCUUCUUUUCAUUGGAGUUCUAACAUUUUACCUGUGGAAGGUAUGCUUUAGCUCUCUUAGAUCCUAUCAUGACUUGCCGCCUAGACAGACAGAAGUGGCUAGAUCACAUUCUCUCGAUUCUUCGAGAGUCGGAGAAGGCGAGACAAGAGUUGAACAGCCUCGCGUGGAUGACGAUGAAAGAGAGACCGGAGAGGGUGUUGAGGGUACGCCAUCGGAAGAUGUGGAUGGAACAAUUGUGGUCAAGUUGAGACAUCAGGAAACGGAGAGAGUGGCUCGUGUGAGACGAGAUCAGACUGUUGAGGAGUUGAAAAGAAUUGCAUUUGCACAAGAAUUGGCCAGUGGUUGUCGAGUUCGUUUUGUCUACCGAGGACGUCUCAUGCACGACGAAAAUCACUCUUUGUCGUUCUAUGAGAUUCAGAACAAUUCAGUCAUCAUUGUGGCUAUCACUGGUUCUGAGGGUUCUGGAUCACCAGAACGUCUCCAGGCCGCUGAGUUUGAAAAUCCGGAGUUUGAUAUGUCACGGUUCUUUUUUCCUCUCGUAUUUGUGAUUGUAAUUGUCGUCUGGGUUGUUGCGUUGAGUACUCCUGCCUUGUUUUCUACAUCUGCAUGGGUAAUGUUAGUUGUCUUAUCUGCUGGAUUUGGUUUCUUGGCUUUUAACAGUCGGCAGCAGGCACAAAGGAGGUAGAGUGUUAGCUUUGUGUGCAUGCAUGUACAAUGCCUAGACAUCCCUCAACAGUAGGGAAUCCUGGUAUCCGGGAACUUUGCUAAUUAAUAAUGGAUUAGAGUAGCGCGCGUGAGGCAGAGCAUGUAUUGUUUUUAUUUGUAAUUAUAACUUAGAAUGCCCCUGCGAAGAUGUAAGCGUCGUCGGCUAUUUAUCUGCGUCGGAUUGAUCGCCGUGUCUCUCGUCUUCCUGAUCAAAGACACACUUUUUGUCUCUUUGUUUGCAUCAAGCUUUCUUGCCGACGAAUUUUUCUUCCAAUCAAAUGUCUGUCCCGCCUGCUACGGCACUAGUCUGUGUAAACAGCUAGAGGGCCGUCUGUGGAUAGCACCAUAUUUGACUGACCCGAGGGCGUCUAUGAAGGGCGUGCGCUACGCAGAGUGGGACAGACAGGAGGGAAAAGUGAAGGUCGUGACAAAGAAUCUUGGUUAUGCAGCCGAAAUUAAGAAUUUUGAUGAGGCGUUAUGUCUUAGAGUGACAGGAGAGAGACAGUGUGCUGUGCACGAGGCUGUCAAGCUUUUCAAAAUCAAAUCUUCCGAGCAGAUACCAUCGAAUCUAAUGCAAUCAUUGACUGUCGGACUGAAUUUAUCCGAUCAUUUUCAUUGCAUGUCUGACAGAUUGAAACGAAAAAUUAUUGGGCUGUAUGACACUGAUCGAGAUGGGUCACUGAAUGUUGAGGAGUCACAGAUUCUGGCUACGACGUUACAAGUUAAUCGUGAGCCGAUCAUUCUUCAACUCUUUCCUCAAGACGAGGGUUGGCCAUUUCCUCAAUACUAUGGCGCAUGUGGUCGGACUAUUAUAGCCGAAUAUGGUGGGAGAACGCUGGAAUCAUACAUGAAGAAAUCGUGGGAAUUCCGAGUGUGGCUGUCAGUACAGUUACUACAGAUUGCAUUUCUUCUGACUGAUAACAGUCAUGAUUGGGCGUUAUAUUUAACAGACAUUAGGCCAGCUAACUUUGCUCUUUCUGAGAACGGCCAAGUGCUGGUUAUAGAUGCUGAACAUGUUGAGAUCGUUGACAUGCAAGAGGUUGAUAGGAAACAAGUACUUAGUGAUCUAGAGUUGAAGCAAGAAGACCCAGAAUGUAGCCGUAAUCAUGUUCGUUGUGGAAUACACAGCAGCGAUCUAAUGUGUCUCGGGUAUGAGAGAGAUCUAAAUUUUAUCUACAUUUGCAGGAUAAUGCUUGGGUUUUCAGGAUAUGGUCGCCUGUUGGAUAAUCCACCUGUGCAUGCAAAGAACACAAUAGAGUCACUUCUGAUGGAUUGUAUGUACUAUAACAGGCACCGGCGACGUCGGCAAGCUGCAGCAGAACUCUUACACUACUUGGUUACGUUUUUACCAGAAGGUCCUGAUCAGGAUGAUUUAAUGCAGAAAUACAGCUAAGCACAAGUUUCUAUGUUGGACUGUUGUCUCGGAUGAAACUGUAGGGCAAAUAGACUUUGGAUGAAACAAGUACACUUGAUUUUUAUUUUAAUUAAUUAAUUGUGGAAUUUAGAGUGGACAGAUUACUGCUACUCGAUUUAGACUUAAGUGUAUAUACUUAAUUUAUUUUCUAAAAAUUUUGUAAUUUAGAAUUUGCUUUGUUUGUGUCGGUGCAUGAGUGUGGUUUAUGAGUGGCCACUUUUAUCUCUUGGUAUACUAGAACAGGAUUGUAAAGAACGAGAGCUCGGU